CGACGCAUUGAUAUUCACCAAUGAUGCGGUGAAUCUCCAAGGCGCAGGACUAGACUGACCAAUAAGAGAAAGGCAAGGGGCGGGACGUGUCUGGUCCAGUCUCACCUCCCACCCAUAUGAAAUCACUGGCUGGAGAGCAACAGACAACCACGCAGCCGAGACGAGGCAGGUCCACAGGUAAACACAGGUAGGGACACGGAGACAGAGACGGAGACAGAGACAGAGGAGACACUGCGGGACAACAGUCGACAUGGAGGUAUCGGAGUAAGCAGCUCCGCACACAGACCCGCUCUCCAACAGGUUCACUGCAGCCGUGAGCAUGUCGACGGUAGAAGGAGCCGUCCAGUGCGACGAAGGAGAGUACGGCAGGGCUGCAAAGCGGCUGAAAACUGAGGAGACGGAGGCGGAGGAAAGAGAAGAGGGAGAAGAGGAGCUGGAGGAGGGGGAGGAUUCGGACUCUGGAUCCCUGCCCGGUAACGGAGAGUCUGCGACAGACAACCGGGCCCGGUGGAGCGGCAGCCAGUUCGGAGCAGGACGAAGGGAAAAUGGCGAGGACUCCCAUCGUAUCUCUCCCAGUCCUGUGGUCCAUGUCAGGGGCCUGUGUGAGGCUGUUGUGGAAGCGGACCUGAUAGAUGCCCUGGAAAGGUUUGGGCCCAUAUGUUAUGUGAUGAUGAUGCCGUUCAAGCGUCAGGCCUUGGUGGAAUUCUCUGCAGGAGAGAGUGCCGACCUCUGUGUGUCUUGUGGAGCCAAGGAACCUGUAUACAUCGCAGGCCAACAGGCAUACUUUAAUUACUCUACAUCCAAGAGAAUCACCAGGCCAACCAAUGCGGACAAUCCCAACAGCGGCAACAAGGUCCUCUUGCUGUCCAUACAGAACCCCCUCUACCCUAUAACCACGGAUGUUCUGUACACCGUGUGUAACCCUAUUGGCAGUGUGCUGAGGAUCGUCAUCUUUAAACGAAAUGGAAUCCAGGCCAUGGUGGAGUUUGAGUCUAUUCAGUGUGCUCAAAAGGCCAAAGCAGCUCUGAAUGGAGCUGACAUCUAUGCUGGUUGCUGUACACUCAAGAUUGAAUAUGCAAGGGGACAGAAUAGCUCAUCAGAGAUCCCGUUACAUCAUACUCCUGCAGUACCCACCACAGAGCCCCUCAGGAGACACGGUUGCAGGCCUUUUCCAAAUCCACAAAACACGUGGACUGGCUGGUCGAACUCCCAUGACCUCCUCAGCAGCUUGGCAAGGCCAACACGUCUGAAUGUGAUUAAGAAUGACAAUGAGAGCUGGGACUACACUAAACCAUACCUGGUCAGACGAGACCGUGGAAAGGGAAGACAGAGACAGGCCAUUUUAGGAGAACACCCGUCAUCCUACAGUGAUAAUGGCUAUGGUCCACCGUGUCCCCUGCUGCCUCUGCCCAACAACAGCAGAUACAAGCUCACAUCAGUGGAUGUUCCAGACAUGGUAUCCUAUCCUUUGCCCCAGUCAUCCUCCUCGUACUCUGGCCAUGCCCCUAGCUCUGUUGCCAUGGUAAGUGGUCUCCAUCCAUCCAAGAUGAACUGCACCCGGAUCUUCAACCUCUUUUGCCUCUAUGGGAACAUUGAGAAGGUGAAGUUUAUGAAGAGUGUUCCUGGAACAGCAUUGGUUGAAAUGGGGGAUGAGUAUGCUGUGGAUAGAGCCAUCACACACCUCAACAGCAUCAAGGUGUUUGGCAAAAGACUUAACGUCUGUGUGUCCAAGCAGCAUGCUGUGAUCCCCAGUCAGGUGUUUGAGUUAGAGGAUGGCAGCAGCAGCUAUAAAGACUUCGCCAUGACCAGGAACAACCGCUUCAGCAGUGCUGGUCAGGCCUCCAAAAACAUCAUCCAGCCUCCCUCUGCUGUGCUACACUACUACAAUGUUCCUCCAUGCAUAUCACAGGACCAUUUACUGAGGCUUUGUACGGAGCAUGAUGUGCCUGGCUUUGUCAAAUUCAAGAUGUUUGAUGCCAAACCCUCUUCUAAGACCAUCUCUGGCUUGUUGGAGUUUGACAGUAAGACAGAGGCUGUGGAGGUUCUUACUGUUCUCAACCACUACCAGAUUAGGAUACCCAAUGGAUCCAACCCGUACACCCUGAAAUUGUGUUUUUCCACCUCAUCUCAUCUAUAAAAGCCUGCAGAGCACAGAACAGGCUGCUGAGUCUGAAGAUGGCUGACCUCUGACCUGAGAGAGGAGGCAGGAGCAGGAUCAUGAGACAAAGACACGUGAAACACUGCAGGAGAGAAUAACAGAAAGAAAAUGGAAGAAGAAAUGAGAGAGAAAUGGACUUUAGAGAAGAUAAAGCAAGAUUGUAAGAAGAGUAUUAAGGAGAGAGACAGCACUGUCUGCAAACGGAUCAUCAAUGUACAUCUGUCAUUCCAGCAUCAAAUCACAAGUCAACACGCUGACAGACUGGUACCCUACUUGAAAAAUGAUUCUAAUGUGAUUUUAUCGUCAUGUGGGACACUUGAAGGAUCUGUUUGUCCCAGAUGUCUUCACUGCAUGGUAAACCUGUCUUUGACAAGUAGACUGAGGACGACCCACUCUGAGAAAUCUGCUGUACGAACCUGAAUCUGCUUCAGUGACCUCAGACAUCUCCUAAGACAUUAUCAGUGCAUGUGGUAUAUGGUCACUUAAAUAACGUUUUACUGUUUCAAACAGUAAAUAAAUACACAAAGUUCUUUUAAACUGUCAUCCAUCAAAUACAGUAGAAGUGGAUGCAGUCAAACAGAUACCGCCACGGUGGAAGCUAAGCCUUAAGAAAGAGAUAUGUCUCCACUGUUUGGUGAACAUGAGAUAUCCCAGUUCAACGUUCAAGUUUGCUGUGGACAUUGGUCCCCAGAGUAAACUCCUGAUGGUCCUGGUGACCUCCAAACCUCAAACAUUGGGUCAAAGACCUGAAAGACCAAUAAAUUUCCAUUGGACUUUCGUUAAUAAUGAUGUUUCCCAGAGGAGGAAAUCAAAUGUUUCUAAUAAAGCUCCCGUUCUUUGUCUUAGCUCCACCUUCAGCUUUCCCAGUCCUGGUUGGGUUAACUUGCAGCUCGGGCUUUUCCAUUGAAGUGGAGGAGAAGAACAAACGUGGCCUGUUGUCAUUCGCCAAGUUCCAAAAGGAAAAUUUAUGAGCCUUUAUCUGACAUUAGCAACACAUUAUUAGCUUUUGAUAAUGUCGUCAAGUUGAAAUCUCAUGUUAUCAAAUACUGUUAGUAAUGUUGUAAACAUCUGCACAUUUCAUACAUGAAUCUAAAUGCACAAUAUGCUCACAAACUACUGCAUCCUGUUGUACAUACUCUGUUAUGGUGGGGGGACCUGAAAGAGAUAGUGCUGAAUUAACCACCCUGAUCUGUUUGAAAAGUGUUAUAGUUAAAAUCUUUCUCAUGACAUCUUCGGUCGAACACUUUAAAAGUAUUCCAAUCACAGCAAGAGGUAAAGGUGAACACAUGUACUUGAGAUAAAAGCAACAGAGGAGUUGGGGAGCUAAACACAGGGACUCUUGAACUCUUGACUCUAAAGCUCCUGAGACUUUUUUGAUAGCAGUGCCCUCAGAACAAAUGUUACAUUUUCAGCUCCUUAUCACGCUCUAUGAGUAAGAAUGUUUUUAUUGUUGGUUUUUUUUUAAUGAUCUUUCUUUCUUUCUUUCUUUCUUUUCUUUCUUUCUUUCUUUCUUUCUUUCUUUCUUCUUUCUUUCUUUCUUUCUUUCUUUCUUUCUUUCUUUCUUUCUUUCUUUCUUUCUUUCUUUCUUUCUUUCUUUCUUUCUUUCUUUCUUUCUUUCUUC